CCUAUGUGCAGGUGACUGAUGAUGCCGAGAUACCUGAACCCGUACGAUCCACUGAAGGCCGGAAGCAUCGAUUGUACUGACGAUGUUCCCCACGACAAGGCUGUUGAACGGGCAAUUCAAAAUGCACGGAAGUAUAAGCCUGUGAAGUACAGAAGUUCCAAGAGAAGCUCGAAUUCUCGCCUUGACAAGUCCACAAACGUCGAGAAAAUUUCGAAGGAUCCAUCAUGUACCGUGAUGGUGGCCAGGUUGAACCCCAAUACCACGGAAAAUAAAUUGCAACAUGAACUUUCCCGAUACGGAAAAGUUUGCACUUGCCGAGUUGUACGAGAUUUAGUCACUGGUAUGUCUAAAAUGUACGCGAUGGUGGAAUUCGAAACCAGAGCUGAUGCGAAAGAAUGCUACAAAAGAGCCCAUGAAUCCAUAAUUGACGAUCGACGCGUCAUUGUCGACUGGGAAUUUGGGAGAACGCUGAAGGGUUGGGUUCCUCGCCGUCUCGGUGAAUACGUUGUGGAAUUGGUCAUUUGGAAGCAAUCCGUUGUUACGCAUGCUCUCGAUACAGGCGGUGGAUUCGGAGGAAAGCGUGAGUCAGGUCAGCUGAGGUUCGGAUGUCGGGUUCGUCCUCAUCGGAGGCCAAUUGACUGA